CGGUAAAUGAAACCCUAGUAUGAUCAUUCAAAUGAAAGCUCUUGAACAGUUCUUUCAUGUGGCACCAUUCACUGUGAUGCUCCUAAUGUCUUAAAAUUCAAGUAAAAAUUAUUGAGCAGUUCAACCUUAGGGUUUCACCAAGCCGAGAAUGUAUCAUAUUCUCUUGGUUCCACUGAUAGACGUCCAAACUAGAAGCAACAAACAUAAUCUUAAGUAAAACUUACGUUUGAAUUUAACGGUCAGACACAGGGGUCAGGGGUUCAACCACAGACGUAAAAGUUACAAUUUUUUACUGCACAGCAAACAGAACCACAUAAAAGAGCUGUAUUGAAGUACUUUUCAGUCAUUCUGCUUAUUUUAAAUACUUUGUACAACUAAUUUUAAGAUCAUACCAAAAUAACGUUCCAAUAAUAAGCGAGUGUGACUGAUUUUUUCCCCGCAAAUCUGUAGAGCCUCCAUCGCCUGAGGUAUGCUAUGAUGAAAAUCACGAGGUGUCCAAAUAUGGUUGUUGCUGGGACGGGAUUAACGCUGCCACCGGCCCAAAUGGACAGGGAUGCCCCGGUAACUAGUUUACACAAGCACUGACUAUAUGUAUUGUAUGUUCUAAACUUAUUUACAACGGCAAGAAAAUGCUAAAGAGGGAAUAAUGAGUCUAUGAAAAUGGAAAAACACAAGGAUUAAGACUAGGAAGAUUGAGGUGGUUUACAGAAGACGAAACAUUUCGAAACACCGUUGUUCAGUAGCUGUGCAUGUUGAAAAGCGAACUUCGUGCAAGAUCUGUGUUUAACCGAGGUUACGCGUACCUAUAAAGAAACACCUGCUGGCCAGAAAUGAAAAGACGUCAAAACGUCACCGACUCAUUGUAGGUACAACCUUAACUAUCGCUUAUCUUACGAGCAUUAUCUUUCUUUCAGCGUGCGAAAACAAAGAGUCCAGAAGGUUUUGCUCGAUGAGGAAGGACAUGUGUUUUACUCCGGGCAACUAUAGACUUCUUAGGGAGUCCUGUCCAGAGACCUGCGGCUACUGCAGAAAGGCAACUUCUACUUGCAAGGAUUCAAGAGAGUGUGAAAAUGAAUGUUACGACGUUCUGCCACAAGUGCUCUGCGAGCGUCGCAAGCAGAAAGGGUACUGUUCAAUUGAAGGAUGGAAGGAUUAUCUUCGGAAAAACUGUGCUGACACAUGCGCCUUCUGCGGUGCUCGUGGUCAGGGAAUGGUCGCUAGAAUGUUCAAGGAAUACUACUGAAGUCCUCUACAGUCUGUCGUCUGUUAACACCAGUCAACCUCUGUGUGAACUCAAAUUGUAAAGUUACACUUUUGCAACUGUUGUUGGUACUUUAAGCGCACUAUUUCUUUGGUCAAAAUUGUUGUUUUAUUUAUUUCUGCUCUGGCCAACGAAGGUGUCCGGUUAGUCAAUACAGUUACUGCU